AUGUCAUCUCUCGCCUCCGAGUUUGCUAUGAAAGACCUUGGCCCGCUCAGUUAUUUCUUGGGACUUCAUGUUACUCGAACUGCCAACGCCAUGUUCUUAUCCCAGCAAUCGUAUGCCAAAGACAUUAUUGCUCGAGCAGGUAUGCAAUCAUGUAACUCAGUUGCUACCCCCGUUGACACUAAACCUAAGCUCAGCACCACGUCCAGUUCACCAUUUGAUAACCCAACAUUAUAUCGUAGCUUGGUUGGGGCUCUUCAAUACCUCACUUUUACAAGACCUGAUAUCACAUAUGCGAUUCAGCAGAUAUGUGUUCACAUGCAUGCCCCGACUAUCGAUGAUUGGAACGCUCUCAAGCGUGUUAUUCGUUAUCUUCAGGGUACUUCCUCAUAUGGCCUCACACUGUCACCAUGCACCCUCGUUUCUCUUCGGGCGUAUACUGAUGCUGAUUGGGCAGGCUGUCCAGACACACGGCGAUCCACUUCUGGUUAUUGCGUCUACAUGGGUCCUAAUCUUCUUUCCUGGUCCUCUAAACGGCAGUCCACCGUUUCUCGCUCCAGUGCUGAAGCUGAAUAUAGAGCUGUCGCUAAUGUAGCUGCUGAAAUUUGUUGGCUGCGGAAUCUCCUUCUCGAGCUACAUCACCCUCUUCGGACUGCCUCUCUAGUUUACUGUGACAACAUUAGCGCCAUUUAUCUCUCUGGCAAUCCGGUUCAACAUCAACGUACAAAGCAUAUUGAACUCGAUAUUCAUUUUGUUCGUGAGCAAGUUCAACGUGGCAGAGUUCGUAUAUUGCACACUCCAACGCGAUUUCAAAUUGCUGAUAUUUUCACCAAGGGAUUACCGAAGGUCUUAUUUGAUGAUUUCAGGUCUAGUCUCAACAUUCGGCCACCUCUAGCUUCGACUGCGGGGGUGUAA